AACCUGCCAGUUCUAAGUUUGAACUCAAUCGAACGCUACGUUUGUUUUUUAUUAAUUUUUUAUCAAUGUGAAACAGCCAGGAUUAUAUGGAUAACUUAUUUUUUAUUAAGUUUAGUGGAAAGUGUGUUUGAAAUCCUGGAUACCGGGUUAGCUUUUUAGAGGAGUUCGUUUGUUGGAAGCUUAGGAUUUGGGAAAAUGCGUAAAAUGCCGCCUUACACAAUACUCACGCUACUCCUAAUAAUACCAGUAACCAUAUCAAAAUCAGUAAAAACAAGUGCGCGCCCGGUUCAUGAAAUCAUUAACGAACAAUCCAGAAUAGACGAAAAGAAACUCACCACCCAAGGCUUUCUACCUUAUGGCAAUCCCUUAGCAGGAAAUUCCCAACAAAAUGCAAGACUACAUGCACAGAAUCAGCAAGCAAUGUUCAAUGCAGAAAGAAUCAGGCAACACAGAGCUCAAGUUCAAAGAUGGACACAAGCCCCGAUACUAAUGGACAGCUAUAUGAAAGCUUACCACGAAUCACAAGAGAGCCAUCAACUUGCUUUAGAACAACAGCAAGCGAAGUUAAGAGACGCUAAAGCAGUAGCUACUACUCCUAAAUCUAGGCAGACAGAACAAAAGAGCAGAAGACAGGAGAAAAGAGUAGAACCUAAAAGAGUUGAAAGAAUCAGACUGCAAAGUCCAGAGCCUACGAAGAUUACUAAAGCUGAUGCGAUUAUAAAAGAGAGGAGCAGAAACCAUAGGUCACAUGGUUCACUAGAUCUCCAAUAUCAUCAAUAUCUUCAGCCAAAAAGAUACCAGACUGUCUAUGUUUCACCAGGACCUACUUAUGAUCAAGGAGUAACUAUCAAACCUAAUGGCAAUGUCGGUCUGAAACACUAUCAUCAAGCUACACAUGAAAGUAAGUUGUAUACAGAAGCUAUACCAAGCACGGAGAAGCCUAUUUAUCCCAAGCAAUAUUAUCAAAUGCAAGAGUAUCAAUCUGCUCAAGAUAUUGAUGCAUUAAAAUCACUACUGAAAACCAGCUCUAAAGAUCAACAAUUAUCUGGACUAAAUGCCUUAAUUGUAUCAGGAAAUCAGAAUAAAGAAGAAGAAGAAAAGCACAAUAAUCUAGAGACGCCAAUAGAUUUAUAUUUCUAUUUAAAAGAUGCUCCAAGCCCAAAUCUAGCGCAGCAGUAUGAUCAUACAAAAUAUGCCCAAAUACCACACUAUGCUAGCGCUUAUAUGCCUGAACCUAUAGUCAAGGAUCAUACACCUAUAACUGAACAAGUAGACGAUAUUGAAGACCCCAAUAAACACAGACCAAACCUUAUCAAACCUUACGGAGUACAACCUAUUGUAACCCCAGCGCCUGCCACACAAGAUACAACCACAACUAAAAACAACAAUUAUUAUAAAGUUGAAGUUGCCAGUCAAACUAUUUCCUCAGGACUCAAGUACAGAGAACCUGAUUAUUAUGUAAAUGAAGAUUCGGCUAAACCAAGUUAUCAGGCAUUACAAUAUGCUCAGCCACAAUAUCCACCGUCGCAAUAUGGGACCCAGUAUGCUGCGACCCAGUAUGCUGCAACUCAGGAUGGAACACAGUCAGACGAAAACGACCAAAGCGAAAGAUAUCUUCAUCAUAAUGCGCAACACACAGGAAUCCAACAUUUGACAGGAGAUGGCACAGGAAUCUCUGCAUACGGCGAUGACAGUCUCCACUACGCAGCCAACUACGAGUUCGGCUACCGAGUUCGCGACCACCACAGCGGCAACGAUUUUGGACACCAAGAGGCCAAGCAUGGCGAGAACACCAACGGAGCUUACCAUGUGCUCCUUCCGGACGGACGCAUGCAGAAGGUCCGGUACUCCGCUGGUCCGGAGGGCUUCCAUGCUGAUAUCUCGUAUGAUCAUUUGCAGUAUAAACAUUGAGGAGGUUCAUAGUUCAUACACAACAUUAGAUUAUGUGGACAUACUCAAAGUCAAAGGCUAUAAUGCCCUUUCUUAUCUUAUAGAGGAGUAUUCCUUUUACCUAUGUGAGAAAAUCAUUACUUGUGAAGUUGUGAACUACACAGGAGUGACAAUAUUAUGUCAAUGAUCCAAUAAGUAAUUGUAUAAUAGGUAUUUUACUCGUGGAAUUUAAAAUGCCCCUAUGUAAUUUAUCAACUUCAUCAAAAAAUAUUUUAAUUUCCACGCUUAAAAUAAACUUGAAUUUUAUGCUGGUUUGUCUAGAAAGUUUAGAAAUCUGGGAAAUAAGUACUAUUGCAAUUAAGCUACGCCUUCUUUACAUUGCAAACGGCUCGGCUGAGUCAGAACAUGGAUACUCUUAAAGGUACAUGAAAAAUACUCUGUUUCCCAGAACUAACUUUCUAGAGAAAAUCAGCAUAAUCCUGUAAAUAAUUUUGUGAUACAAAGUUCGUUAUUUUAGAAACUAGGAAUGUUAGUACAAAAUGAAACAAACAAGAGCGAUAUAAUUUAUUCACUAUACAAGUAUAUCUUAAACUAACACAAUGCUUACAGUAAUAUACAUUAAAAUUAGUGAUAUUAAAUUUUGACUGAAUGCACUUCAGUCGAAGUCCAGCGCGCGAAUGGCGAAUCAGAAAAUGGCGUCAAAAUUUAUAUACAUUUCCCGCCAAACCUUAGAACGGCAAAUAAUAUAUGCAAGUUAUUUUGUGGAAAGAGAAACCGAGAAAGUAAGUGCGGUAUUUAUGGUGUACAUUACUUGUAUGUCGUCGCUUACUGUUCAUUACAUAACAUUUACGUAAUUAUAAUUAUUAUAGACUUCCGUUUUAUAUUGAACUUAACAAUGGUGUUACAUUUGUCUUUUAGGCGUAACUCAUUGUACUGCGAUCAGUAAAUGAUUAUUAGAUAAGUUGCCUAUUUGAGAAGGUUAAUUUUAUCUGUGCAACAAUAGAGUUGGACCAAGCUAAAGGCUUCUACAAACGUUGCAACAAUGGCAUGUGAUUGCUGGCUAAGUAAGACCAUCGAAUUCAACCGAUCGACCAAAUGCCGCAAUGUAUUGCAAAAUUUGUAAAACAUGCGAUUAUCGAUGACGUUUGGAGAGGUUAUAACUUUACGCAGAUUUUGUAGUGACAGACUGUGGAAAUUCUACGAUAAAAAUCAGAUUCCUAUGAAAUUAUGACGAGUGGAACGCUUUGUCACUUAAUAGUCGGAACAGAGUUACAACUACGCCUGACUCUACGAAUGUUGACAGGAUUUGUGGAUCCAUUUUCUAUGACCAACUGUUCAAAACAAUUCAAACGCCAAAUGUUGUAGAUUCCUGCGCUUGAUAGUAUCGAACAUAUAAUUGAUAUAAUCUUAGACAAAAGAUGAAUGACCGCAAAAGUGAGUGAAAUAACUGGGGAAGAAAAUGUACCUACCUUCUUUUAGAAACUUGUCCUAAUUUCAAAAAUUUCGUUCAACAAUUUGCAAUUUGCAUACUAAUCAUCAAAUGCAUAAUCAAUUCGAAACCUCAAAUCCUUGAUUUUAAAAUUCAAAUUAGUUACGCAAAAAAUGCGUUUUGAGCUCGAUGGCUCAUUAAAAAUUCAUUUAGAAAUUUUACGAUUUUUGACCACAAUUAAAAAAUAAGAAGGCGUGUGGUUUAGCCGAUGGUCUAUUACGUGUUAAAAUGGCUAAAUAUUAUCUACCGGAAGCUUAAGUGUUGCUAAACUUUUACUAUUUAUUAAAUGGGCCGCUAUAAGCUCCGCUGACCACUAUAAUGACAUAAACCGCGCGUUGUUUUAUUCGAUAGACGCAGCGUUGAACGAAAUGUAGGGAAAAAUUACAAUGCGCUUAGCACUGCGUUUACAGCGUAAAACUACGAGUAUAUACGGUCAUUAGAUUACCUGAUUUAAAAUGGGUUUGCGGCAAAUGCGUUUGAUGCUAUGUUUAUCGCAUAAAACAACGCAGUUAAAAGUUAUGGGUGACAUUAUUAUAACCUCCUAAGGCCAAGCAUACAGAAAUAUUGCCAGUUGAAUUUGAAAUUAAUAUUGUAGGAAACAUGGUUGAAUUUCUUUUGUUCUGAAACAAGAAAAAACUCUGUUGCAAUUGAAAAUGGUUUAAAUUACACUGAAGUAUAUUACUACAGGCAGGACCGUGGGCUUUACGACGAUAAGGCAUAAAGAACUAUGUGAGAAGUAGAGGUAGGUAGUGCAACAGAUUAUGGCCGAAUAACAGCUGAAGUAAAUAGUGCUGUAUGCUUCGUUAUCUUAUGUGGUUAUUAAAUAGGUUAACACUUUUAGCAUCUGUAUCCAGACCAGUCAACUCUAAAUAUUUAUUGUAAC